AUGGCCGGCAGAGGUGCCAAUGGCGGUAUGAACGGCGGCCCUGGACCUAAUAGACAACAGCAGCCCCAAGACCCCUCUUCAGCUGGAGGUGGCCUCCCAGAGCUGCCUGAGAUGUCACCGGAGGAGGUCGAUGCCGCGCGAUCCCGGGAAAUCACUACAAAGGCUAUUACUGGCAUUCUCCUGCUUCUAUUGAAGUGGCUCAGAGUCUCUCACGUUCUGAAAUCCGAAUACAUGACGCAACUUUUGCUGGAUUCUAACUACCUCCCGCUAGUGCUCAAGCUGUUCGCCCAUCAGGAUGUUCAACAGGUCGUAGACAGCAAAACGGAUCGGUUGGAGAACAGCUUCUUUCACUUCUGCAAUCUGCGGUCGAAAUUCAAGGAAACGUCGCCUGUACAGGCAGAGCCGGAGGAGGAGGAGAGCGAGGACGAAGCGGCGCCACCGCCUAUCAAGAGAAGGCGGUCACCUCCUCGCGUCGCGACCGCCGCCACCCGCGAUGGCGACGACACCAGCAAGCUUGAAGGACAAGCCGCGGUGCGACCUGAAGUUGAUGAGCUCGGAUAUCCUGUUGGCGACCUACCAGCAGAGCCCAUCACUGAUUUUUCGAGAAGAAACUUCUUCUCUUUGAUCAACUACCUCCGAAUCAUGCAAAAGAUUUGCAAGCACAAAGCUCACCGGAAUCUUCUUCUGGUGCAGUACAAGUCUGCCAAUAUUCUCCGCAAGUCCCUCAAAAUUCCCCAGCCAGAACUCCGACUAUACACCUUGAAGCUGUUCAAAAACCAAGUACCCUACUGCGGCCGUAAGUGGCGGCAGAGCAACAUGCGCGUCAUCACGGCGGUGUAUUUACAUUGCCGACCUGAACUGCGUGACGAGUGGUUGGCCGGCAGCGACGUUGAUGCCGAGGUGGACUCGGCGCUGCCACUGGAGCAGGCACUACGCAGUCUGACGCACUGGUUCAAUGUGCGGCGAUACCCGGACAAGAUUGCGGCCGAGCUACGGGCUGCCCUGCGCGAGGAGCAAGACUUUUUUACAAGGGAGCUGGAGAAGCUGGACAUGAAUUGGGCUGAUGUCGGGGCCGACGACGGCGCAAACAGUGAGUGGGAGCACGAUGCGGCCGGCUGGCCAUAA